GUCAAUGGUGAACGAGCGCUAACACAAGAGAGACCGCGGGGUAACAGAAGGAUGGCCGUAACGGAAGGAUCCCUUCGGCCUUCACCUGCUUCUGCCCCAGCGCCUCCACAUCCUCCUUGCCUUCGUUCGUUCCCUCUCUGCGCAUCUUUCCAUCCAUCGAUUCGCCUCCAUUUCGCCUCCUCGAUCACUCACGACGACAAUGGUGCGUGUGCUUGGGCUGCUCGUCCUCCUUGCCCUCGCUGGCAUCGCGCAUUGCCAGCUCCGCAAACUGGCGCCUGCAGGUGGGUGGGUGGGUGAGGUGUGUGCACGACCUGAGACAUUCGUUCUCGUUCACAUUGCUUGUCUCUUCCUUCGCUCUGCAGAGGAGGCGGAGGAGUACAUCCCUGCGCCGACUGUCGUCGGUGUGGUGACCGGCAAGCCCACGGAGCUUCUCAAGGCGGUGGCGGAGCUGUAUCUCCAAGCUGAGAACCUCAAGAAUGAGCCUGGCAGCCUGACAGAGCAGCAGCAAGUCUUUGGUGAGGGGCUGGCCGCGAGAAUCGACAAUGGCGAGGACAUCAGCGAGCUGAUGGCGAGCAGCGGGCUGGAGAAGACGGUGUACCAUGUCACCGAUGACAUCACACACACUGUCUAUAAGGCCAAGGACAUACCCGCAUCCACGACCCAGCACGGUAAGCAAUGCACCGACAACGCAUGCUUUGCUUUCUCAGCCUUUCUUCUUGAUCCUUAUUUGUCAGAUGAGCUACCCGUAGCAAGGCCCUGUGGAUUUGUUUGCCGGCGUUGGUACUGCUACUUCGGGUGCUGGUAGACGACUGUGCCGUGCAUGCCGCCUCUAUCGUGGCAGCACGAUGAAUUCGUGAGAUCUGCUCUGUCCCUGUGAACUAUGAACCACCCGCUCUUCUCCUCGUCUGAUAUGGUAUGGUCUGGUCUUGUGUAUUUGUGGUAUGCUGUUCAUGUGGAGAUUAGGCGAGUGGCACAGAUCGUGUGGGUCAUCUCUUCUGUUUGUCUUAAUUCACCAGCUUUUCUUUUCGUCAGGUGUGUCAUGGUUCCACGUAUUCGUGAUGGUUUGCAUGGCUGGACUGUAUGUAUUUUUCGUCGCAUCGAGUGUCAUGCUCGCUGCGGACACGUGUCGCUGUUUGUCGGUUCAUUUUCCUAGUGUGUGUGUGUCCGUCUCUUCCUUCAUACAUAUGGACCAUGCACAUGGAAGGCAGAGAGAUCUGCCCAUCUGGACACAUACCUGUUAUUCGUGGAAAAGAAGCGACGCGUAUAGGGCAUGCACUGCACGUGGACAGACGGGGGGAGACAGGCAGGCAGAGUGCACACAUGCAUCAUGUAGACACAUCUAUCUGUUAUGUAUCUGUGUGUCGUUAGUGUGUCGUGUUAGUGUGGCGCGUGUGUCGGCACCUCUGUCAGUGUCACUCUAAAUGGAGUGAGACAGUGGUCGGGUGGCUGACGUCGGGUGCACACGUGACUGCAUACAUGUUUCAUGUCAUGGCGGUGCAUGGGAGGGAUAGGGACACGCCACAUGGGAUGGAUGAGACCGCUCAACACAUCAUGAAUCGUAGAAGGAG